CCCUUCAUUCCACACUGCUCUAACCGUCCUCUUCUAGCUUUCUAUUUCCACUUAGUUUUUGCAUUUCACACAUCGGUCAUGUCAGCCAAGGCAGGAAAACCCACUAUACCCGACUGGCAGCGCACCCAAGACAAACCAUCGCCAGCGCCUCCUCCUUCUGAACAAGACCCUGAGCCGGAAUACCAGUCCGAACCCACUCCAGCGCCAGGUGCGGAUGGGUCGGCGAAGGACGAACCACAGCCAGAGACCACAUCGCUGCUAGACCAAGCCUCGCGAUUUCUCGAGGACCCCACAAUCCGCAAUGCGCCCCGGGAAAAGAAGGUCGCAUUCCUGCAAUCAAAGGGUGUGACGAAGGAAGAUAUAGCCCAGCUAUUAGGGGACCAACAGGAGGACGAGUCAACGGUAGAUCUGUCAUCAGAUGGCGAGCGUGCAUGGGCAAGGACUCCCUUGCAACCAGCCACACAACCUCCCGCGCAGAAACCUCAAUCCCGAGAUGUCCCCCCAAUCGUCACUUACCCCGAGUUCCUUACCCAGUCGAGCAAAUCCCCGCCACUUAUAACAACACAACGCCUCCUCAAUACUGCAUACAUAACCGGGGGUUUGAUUGCGACUAUGUACGGGUUGUCCAAAUACAUCGUUGCCCCAAUGACACAGACACUUCUGGAAUCACGGCACGCAUUUGCAGCCCACGCACAGGACCAAAUAAAAGAAUUGAAUACGCGUUUGGAGGAUAUUGUCUCUAUCGAUCCCGCUAGCAAACCCAAACCCAAAGCUACCGACCCUGCAGACGAUGUGUCAGAAGCAGACUCAGACCCCACCGAGCUCUUUCAUCGCGACUAUGGAACCCAAACAACCCCGACUCUCUCCCGGCGCCCCUCAGUAUCGACCGAGCCAGACUCUUCCACUCUUACCGCCCACGAGAAUCGCCUCAAGAUCCUCACAUCCCAUCUGCGCGAGCUGGAAGCGACUCGCUCCAAUGAUUCCGCUUCUUCAGAUUCACUGAGAACCCGGCUUUCCGAUUUGACGACCUACCUGGGUGAGAUGAGCUACCAAAACCAGUACUUCUCUGGAAUGGGGGGAUUGUAUGGAAAUAAUUACGGAAUGCCCAAGAUAAAAGACGGAAAAGAUGAUCAGAUGGAAACAUUCAAAGCUGAUAUCCGAGCCGUGAAAGGCGUAUUGUUGAGCGCGAGGAACUUUCCAGCCGGCGGGCCAAGAGGUAUGGGACAGGUUAGAGGAUAAAAUGUCAACAGAGUAUCAACAACAGAUGGUGAACUUCUGCUCAGUGGUUACGAUUACCAUUUUCGUCAUGUAUUAUUUUGUAUAUGGAGAAUAAACGCCGCGAUAUCUGGGAAGGAAGUUUGUGUCUUGUGGAGCUAGAACCACAGCAUUUUAAUUUUUUCUUUGGGAUAGA